CCAUACAUCUCUCAGAGCCCGGUGAUCUCGUGCAGCCUCAGGAUGUGCCUGAAACUCUUGAUUGUCUCAAUCGCCUUGAGGGGCGUGAUAUCCAUUGGUCGGGGAACUCCGACUUGCCCGAACACGGAUGACGGGACUGGGCUAUGUUCCUUCAUCGAAGCAUCAAACGGCGCGGCGAUCCCGGAACUCCUACAAUCGAUGAUGUCAAUGCGCGUUGAUCGUAAAGGUCUGAAGCAGUUCAUUCCCAACAGACUUGAGUAUCCGAAAGUUGAACCUGGAGGUCCUAUAGGCUCGAACGAGAAGCUUGAUGAAAAUUCAGAACGUCUCUUCAAUUUCCUCUCGGGGCCCGAGUCGAUUUCGAUUGUAGAUAAUUUCCUCUACGCGGCGGCUCGCGACGCUAUCUACAAGGUCGACCUCAGGAGCGGUAAUCAUACGGUUAUAUUCAACGGGAACGAGAACUGCGCGGUGGACGGGGCUUGCAGUCGCCCGCUGGGCUUGCGAAUAAGGGGGAAUCAACUCCUGGUCGCGGAUGCUCUUAAGGGGCUGAUAGAAAUCAACUUGACCACCGGUGAAUCUAGAGUCCAUCUCGCCGUAGGGUCUCCGAUUGAGGGUGAGCCGCUCCUGUUUCCCGAUGAUAUCGACGUCGACUGGGAGAAACAAAUCGUCUACAUGAGCGACGGUAGCACCAAAUGGCCUCUGGAAUACUGGGCUAUGAUCGUACUGGAGAUGGAACCUUCCUCGAGGUGCGAAGCUCAACAGGAGAUUCUGGCACACGGCACAUUCCUUGCUACUAUCAGAGACAUUAGUUGUCUCUAUCGUCGACGUCGCCUGAUCCGAUCAUUAGGAUAUUCCGAUCCAGUCAUAAUCUUCCUCAAUAGGAUAAUUCGUUAUGACAUGAAGAGCGGCAAGGCGGACGUCUUCGCCAAAAACAUCCGCUUCGCAAACGGUGUCCAAAUCUCUCACGAUAAGAAGUUCCUGCUAGUCAACGAGCUUUCAGCCAGACGGAUUCUCAAAUAUCCUCUCGACAGUGCCGUUCCUGCUUCCGGGGAGCCCUUCACGAAGCUCCUACCCGGAAACCCCGACAACAUACGACCUUCACUCAGUGGGGGAUACUGGGUCGCAAUGGCGAUGGGUCGACCGAACGGCAGCCGAAACCUGUUGGACGAGCUCCAAACUCGACCCGACCUGUCCGAGAAACUCGGCAACUCAGCUCUGAGCGUCGGUGGAUUGGUACGCAGUAUCGGAGUCUUGUUGAACAACACCCCGCUUCGCGAUUUGGGACAUAAGGUGGCGACUGGUGGGAUAAUCAUGGAAGCGAUUCCUGGGCACGGAUGCAUCGUCGAAUUGGAUGUGGAUGGGAAUAUCGUACAAACACUCCAAUCUUCACGGACGUUCUUCCUCACGGAAGUUUGUGAGCGUGAAGACGGUCUUUAUUGUGGCAGUUACCAAAACUCGUUCCUUCUGAAGGUCCCAAGAUCCACGUUUAGGAAUCCUUGA